CCACGCAUGCGCGCUGCCUGACACUGAGAGGCGCGGACUCCACGCCUCUUUCCCGGGGAUAGUGCACGGGCUCCGGCUCUUCUUCUUCUCCUGCUGCUGCUGUGUCCCUGAUCCUGAUCCCGGAGAAUAACCGAUCACUGUGAUCUCUCGGCUGGAAGGUGACCCGGACGUGGUGCCCGCAUGGUGCCCAGGGCAGGGUGAUUGGCUCCGGUACAGAACUGGAUGCAGCCGCAGAUCUGGACUCUUUGCAGACUCCGGUGUAUACCCAGCUUUUCUCCUAUAGAGGGAUCCAGCCCGUGCAUUGCCUAUGUAUGUGCCCUCUAUGUAUAGGUGACAUGUAUAGUGCCCAGCUUAUAAUACACUGAUAUACUGUAUACAUACUACCUACCUCUAUACUGUUAUCAAUGCUGUUACAUUGUAACCCCCCUAUAGAAUACAAGCGGGGGGCACUGUUGUCUAUGUAGCCUCCGCUUACACCCUAAUACUCCAUACAUUAUCUAUGCACCUUGCUUAGGCUGACAAGAGAUACCGUCAGGUUGAGGCACUUGCUUAUCUUGGUCCACGCAGCAGCAACCUCCGCCACCUAGGAACCCAUAGCACUUCAAGGGACAAUGUCAAUGCUGGGGUUGUUGAGCCGGACUGUUCUGCGUCCCGCUGUCUCGCCCAAGUCGUUGAGCUGGCUGGGUAUGAGCGGUGGUGGCACCAGCAGCAUUGUACAUCAUCAUCAUCAUCAUCAUCAUCCUGGGAGCGUCGUAGUGCAAAGCUGCCGGCUGUUGGGCACCCACCCAAGGAAGGAGCCCAUGGAGGCGCUGAACACGGCGCAAGGAGCCCGGGACUUCAUCUACAGCCUGCACGCCACCGAGCGCAGCUGCCUGCUGAGGGAACUGCACAGAUUCGAGUCUAUAGCCAUUGCACAAGAACAACUUGAAGCUGCCCCACCUUCCACCACCCAGCUCAGACAUGUCUUCGUCCACAAUGCACUACCAUUUAUUGGGUUUGGCUUCUUGGAUAACGCUAUUAUGAUCGCUGCGGGAACACAGAUAGAAUUCCAUAUUGGAGCUCUUUUAGGAAUUUCCACAAUGGCAGCUGCCGCUCUAGGAAACCUGGUGUCGGAUAUUGCCGGACUUGGGCUGGCGGGUUAUGUUGAAGCAAUAUCUUCACGGCUCGGUUUGCCGAUUCCCGAUUUAACGCCCAAACAAGCAGAUAUGUGGCAGACGCGUGUUAGUGCACAUAUGGGAAAAGCAAUAGGAGUCGCCAUUGGCUGCCUUUUGGGAAUGUUCCCACUCUUGUUCUUCAACUGGGAUGACGAGGAGAAAUCUGAAAAAAAGAAAAAGUGAAAUUUUAUACCGCCCCCUUGAAAACUCAUACCUCAGCCAAGUAUGCAGUGUCCAUCUUUACAGCCGGCAGAGUGAGAUACUUAGAGGACACCGAAAUCCGGGAACAACACCAUACUCCGCAUGACCCGACCCCAUCGAUUCCUGGACUCCAUGUACUCGGAACCAUUGGACUUGUCUACGACGCACAACGACAGAUUCAUUAUUUUUCCUUCCUUCUGCAGAACUUCUGAUUUGGAAUAUAUUGGCACUUUUUUUUUUUCUUCAGGAGACUUUGGUUGUCUUUGUUGACCUCUGCCGAAAACUGGAGAUAAUUUUACCUGUCCUAUCUCUAAUCUUACUCUUAAAGGGGUACUCCACUGCUCAACGUUUGGAACAAACUGUUCCAAACGCUGGAGGAGGCGCCGGGAGCUCGUGAUGUCAUUGCCCCGCCCCCCUCAUGACGUCACGCCCCCUCAA